UAUCCUUCUUUUUGGUUGAAAUUUGAUUAUCCUUCUUCUUAAAGCAAGAGCCUUUGGAUCGAGCAGCUCGAUCUCGUCUUUCAAUUGGGCUUGCAUAAAGGCCCAGACUUUCGAGCCCAUGUUCGAAAAGAAAAGAAAGAACCAAACUGGCAAAACGAUGAGAACUCACACUCUAUCCUCGGAGAAAAUAUCCCCCUCUCCCCACUCUCUCUCUAUCUCUGCCGGGAAAAUCAGAAAUGGCGUCAACGAGCGCGGUGGCAGCUCAGCUGUCAAACGUUAACGGACUCUGCGAUUGGAGAAGGCCGACCGCUUCCUCCAUGGCCUCAGGUAACUUAAAUGCAAAUUCAGUUGGUAAGCUGGCAAUAUCGUGGCCAAGCAAACAAAGAUCUCGGAUUGGUCACCGAUCUCUCCGAGUACAAGGUCUAUUUGGAGGGAAGAAGGAUGGUGACAAGGGCGAAGAUGGAGCUUCAAAGGCAGGCAUCCUGGGAAACAUGGCGAACUUGUACGAGACAGUGAAGAAGGCUCAGAUGGUUGUCCAAGUCGAGGCUGUCCGUGUGCAAAAGGAACUUGCUGCUGCAGAAUUUGAUGGUUACUGUGAAGGCGAGCUAAUCAAGGUAACAUUAUCAGGUAACCAACAACCAGUACGCACAGAGAUCACGGAAGCCGCCAUGGAAUUAGGUGCAGAGAAACUCUCACUUUUAGUCACGGAGGCAUACAAGGAUGCACACCAGAAAAGCGUCUUGGCCAUGAAAGGCAGAAUGAGCGACCUCGCCCAAAGCUUAGGGAUGCCUCCAGGUCUCGGCGACGGACUGAAGUAAAAAGGACGCCAUUUUGAUAUCCUAUAACGAUCAGUUUUCUGCAACCGAACCCUUUUAGAGUUUGAUUUGUACCUCGGCUCGAGAUUUAUCUGCUUAAUUCACCAUGAAUGAUUGUUUUACAUUAAUGAAUUGAAGUAGUGAAUCGAGAUAUGAUUUUUGUCUUCUCCCACUUGUUGCAAUAGAUAAGAAGAUGUUCCGAGGUGAUGUAGCUUUCAGCCAUAGCUUGAUUAGGGUUGUUCUAGAUAGACCACAUUGAACAAAAAAUAACAACAUCACACAAAAAAUUGAACCAAUAAUGAAGAAAAAUAUUUUUUUUUCCUUAAAACAUAAAUGCUAACAUGCAUGAAUAAUCUUGACAUGCUAAAACUUAAUAAAUAACAAAGAUACAAAGUCAAAGCAUCUCAACUUGCACCGUAACGUCACAAAUAUUUACAUAAUGUAAUAUGGAGACACUAUCAUCUCUACUCUAUGGCGAUAUGUGGUUGUGAUUGAAGGAGAGGAUGAGAUUCUCAAAAGUAGGGUUGAGACUUAGAUCUCGUUGGGAGAGUGGUCGAGUGGGCUGCUAAUAUAUAUUGGAAAGUCGGUUGGGUCCACGGUUUUGGUCCAGUAAAUCGCAAUCUAGACUAAACUAGACCACGAGGUCAAGGCAUCAUAUAAUACAAACCAUGGAUCAGACCAAACCACUUCUAACGGUUUACAAUAUGAUUUGGUCCAUUGUUUUUCAUAUAGUUUGGUAUAUUUUCCUAACCCUAAUUUGAUGCAUCUAAUUAUCAUUAUUAUGUUCUCUUCAUUUUCAAACAUGAUAAUAAUGAGCUAAACACAACCAUUGUUGCCAUAAUAGAGGUAUUAAACAGGGGGAAAUAUAACUCCUCAAUUCUACAUCAUUACUAAUUAAUUAUGGUUAUCUCUCUAAGGUUUGACCCAAUUAAUUGAUGAUUACAAUUUGAACGGUCGAAUAAUAAUACUCACUAAGGAGAAUAGAAAUAAUUUUUCCUUAAAUAUUUUUGGCUAUCUAAGCCUUUAUACUUAAUAAUGUUUUAUCAAAUUGAACCAAAAACAUUAAAAUAAAAUUUUGGAUGUUUAUCUCCAAAAUUUAGCCCUCACAAUAUAUGUAACUUUUUCUUUUCUUUUCAUUAUCAUAUAUUCCAUAAGAAAAAGUCCAUUUCCAUACAUGUAUUUUUUUUUAUCAAAAUAAAUAGGAAACUAAAGA